AUGUAUAAAAUCAAAAAGAUAAAUAUUAGUACCGAAAAAAUCGUUAAUGGUUAUAGAAUUAUAAUUGUGAAUUGUGAUAUCUCACCUUUCCUCAAAACCUGAAAUACUUUCGGUGUAUGCGUUCAUAAAUUUGAAUCUCCAUGUUUUCCCGCUCAAGCUUAAUUUGUAAACAUCACCUGUUGCAUUCCUCCUUUAGAGUGUUAGUCAAAAGGUCAUUUCAAAAACAAUCGAAAAUGGGUGAUUCAGCUUUAAAGUCUUUGAACUCAAAUUUGUGGGAUACAGAUCCUGAAUUAUAUGACCUUAUCAAAAAAGAAAAAAAAAGGCAAUGUUCGGGAUUGGAGAUGAUUGCAUCGGAAAACUUCACAUCCAUAGCAGUAAUGCAAUGUUUGGGGUCAUGCCUGAGUAAUAAAUAUUCUGAAGGGCUUCCUGGACAAAGAUAUUAUGGAGGCAAUGAAUUUAUAGAUCAAAUAGAAAUUUUAGCACAGAAAAGGUCCUUGGAAGCAUAUAAUUUAAAUGCAGAAGAAUGGGGUGUUAAUGUUCAACCUCUUUCUGGUUCACCUGCAAAUUUUGCUGUCUAUACUGGAAUUGUUGAGCCUCAUGGACGUAUAAUGGGUCUAGAUUUACCAGAUGGGGGACAUUUAACUCAUGGUUUCUUCACUCAGCAGAAGAAAAUAUCAGCAACCUCAAUGUUUUUUGAGUCAAUGCCUUAUAAAGUGAAUCCUGAUAAUGGUCUUAUAGAUUAUGACGAGUUAUUAAAAACAGCAAGGCUCUUUAAACCUAAGUUGAUUAUAGCUGGUACAAGUUGCUAUUCUAGAGUUUUAGAUUAUAAGAGAUUUAAAGAAAUUUGUGACGAUGUAGGAGCAUAUUUGAUGUCUGAUAUGGCACAUAUUUCUGGCCUUGUUGCAGCUGGUGUCACACCAAGUCCUUUCGAGUACAGUGAUAUUGUAACCACUACAACUCACAAAAGUUUAAGGGGACCAAGAUCUGGAGUUAUAUUUUUCCGUAAAGGUGUGAGGAAAGUCACCCCUAAAGGAGAAACGAUAAUGUAUGAUUUAGAAAGUAAAAUCAACCAAGCAGUAUUCCCAGGUCUUCAAGGUGGUCCUCAUAAUCAUCAAAUAGCAGCUGUGGCAACAGCAAUGAAACAAACAAAAGAACCUGAAUUUGUGAAAUACCAACAUCAGGUGGUUUCAAACGCUAAAAUGUUAGCUUCCGGAUUAGAAUCUAGAGGUUAUAAAAUUGUAACUGGAGGUACCGAUCUCCAUGUGUUGCUUGUUGAUUUGAGAAAUGUUAAACUAACAGGAUCCAAGGCAGAAUAUAUUCUAGAGGAAGUUUCAAUUGCUUGUAAUAAAAACACAGUUCCUGGAGAUAAAAGUGCUCUGAACCCUUCUGGAAUUAGAUUGGGCACUCCUGCAUUGACUACUCGUGGACUUGUAGAAAAGGAUAUCAGCAUUGUUGUGGAUUUAAUUGAUCGAACUCUCAAAUUGGCUAUAGAAAUCAGUCAGAAAUCUGGACCAAAACUUGUUGAUUAUAAAAAUGUCUUGCAUACAGAUGAGGUAUUCAGCAAGAAAGUAGCUACUCUCAGAAAUGAAGUGCAAGAAUUCAGCAAUAAAUUUUCAAUGCCUGGUUAUGAUGAAUAUUAAACGAAACUUUUCGUUUUUAUUGAAAUAUUUUAUAAGAAGUUUCAAAUUUUUUAGAAUCUCACAUCCUCUAAGAGAAAAUAGUUUUUACAUUUAUUAUUAAAAUAUAUGGGAAAUAUAUUAUUUUGAUAAUGA